AUCAUGUUAGAGUCUGUCGUCUCUACUCUAUUGAAUAGAGUAUUAGGCGCUUAUGUCUCGAAUCUAAAUUAUAGUCAACUUAAAGUGGGCAUUUGGUCAGGUGAGGUGACUCUCCGUGACCUGAAGCUUAAACGUGAAGCUUUGGAUAAAUUCAACUUACCAGUCGAUGUCUUGGAAGGUUACUUGGGCGAAUUGACAUUGACGAUCCCUUGGAACAAUUUGCGAGGAAAGCCUGUUGUGGUCCACAUUAAAGAUGUGUAUGUCUUGGCUGUUCCAAGAAACGAAUCUUCGAUGACUGCUGAGGAAAUAGCGCAAAGAGAACACGAAGGAAAGAUGCGCAAACUCGAAAACGCGGAAUUAGUGAGCGAUCAUCACGAUGCAGCAGAAGAUGCAAAAAAUGACACAUUUGCCAAUCAACUAUUGACCAAAAUACUGAAUAACCUUCAAUUCUCCAUCACAAAUAUCCAUGUACGAUAUGAGGAUAAUAUCUCGACAGAUCAUCGUUUUGCUGCAGGUAUCACCUUGAGUGAACUGUCUGCUAUUACGACAGAUGAAAACUGGAUUGCCAACACUAUUAGUGAGACAGUCAACACGAUUCAUAAACUUGCCACAUUAGAAUCCCUCUCUGUUUAUUGGGACACCAAUGCACCUACAUUGGCUGACCAUCAGGAUCAUACUUCCUUUAAAGAUCUGAUUGCCACAAAGCACCAUGUCCCUGUAGAGCAUCAGUACAUCUUGAAGCCUGUUUCUGGAACAGGCCGUGUUAAACUCCAUAAGAACUUUGGUGGCCUUACACCCAAAAUUGAUGCCUCACUUUUGUUUGAUGAGCUCUCAUUCACUGUGGACAAUGAACAGUACCGAGAUACUGUUCUUAUGAUUGAUCUGUUCCACUCUUAUCUAAAAAAGCAAAAAUACAAACACUUGCAUCCUCCUGUUGAAGUAACUCCCAAAACACAUCCUUUGGACUACUUUCGGUUUGCGGGACAAGCUGUCUUGUCAGAGAUUCAUGAGCGCAAUGAACGUUGGACUUGGAAGCGAAUCAAGAAAAGAAGUGAAGAUCGUAAGAACUAUGUCCAAUGUUAUGUUCAGCAUAAACUGGAUCGUGCAACACCAGAACAGCUUGAGACGUUGGAACAUUUGGAGCGAGAAUUAAGCUAUGAGGACCUUAGAUUCUAUCGAAGUCUAGCCAAGCCUAAACUUCGUACUGAAAAAGCCCGUUUAGCUGCUAUAGAGAAAAAGAGAAAAGAAGAAGCUGCAGCGAAUAAAUCAAAGCAAGGUUGGGGAAUUAGUAGCUGGUGGUAUGGGGCACAGUCUACAGCCAACACCAGUCAAGGUGGCUCUGAAGAGGAUGAUCUUGUUAUUACAGAAGAGCAAAAACUUGAGUUUUAUGAUGUGAUUGAUUAUGAUGCUGAUAAGGCUGCUAUUGCUGCUUCUGUUGAUUUACCCAAAGAUACAAUGUUGCUUUCAUUGAAUACCUCACUUAACAAGGGUUCAUUUACUGUCCGUAAAAACCCUCAUGAUGAUCCACUUGACUUGAUAUCACUUGUAUUCGACAAUGUCUCGUUGGGCAUGAUUCAGUACACUGAAUCCUUCACAGCUUCUGCUGCUUUAGGUGAUUUGUGCCUCUAUGAUGGUCUGCAUGUUGAUUCUCCCUACCAUAAACUCAUGGGUGCUAAAGAAAAGAAGGACGAGAAUACAGAUGAAAAGAAAAGGAGAAAGUCCUCUGCAGCCACUCAUUUGAUUCAACAAAACGAUCCAUUCUUCACUAUCGAAUUUGAACACAAGCCAUUAGAUCAAAGGGCAGACAAUGCUGCUGCCUUGUUCAUGCGUAAUAUCGAUAUUGUCUACAAUCCAAUUGUGAUUCAUGAAAUAAUUCAGUUCUUUACACCACCUGAAACUAGUGCAGACAGUAUCAAUGCACUGAUUGAAGUAGCUGGAGAUACGCUGGAGGACAUCAAGAACCAGACAAGAGCCAGUCUUGAGUUUGCACUGGAUCAACACACGACUUUUGACUUGCACAUUGAUAUGGAUGCACCUGUUAUUAUUGUGCCUGAAGACUGCUCAUCUAUUCACUCGCGUGGUAUUGUGAUUGAUGCAGGCCAUAUUCAUGUCGAAAGUCAAUUAGCUCCCCCUGAAGCAUUAGCCUUAAUCAAAUCUAAAUCUGCCUCUGACAUGACAGUAGAAGACAACAUUCAGUUGCGCAAACUCAUGUACGAUAAAUUCACUGUCAAACUGACACAGACCAAGAUAUUAGUGGGUGAUUCAAUAGAGACUUGUUUAGUACAAGUACGUACGCCUCGUGAAGAAUUCAACUAUUUGCACUUGGUGGAUCGUAUUGAUAUGACAUUCUUGGCUGAACUGUGUAUUAUUCGAAAGUCAGUGGAAAUGCCUCGGAUCAAAGUAUCAGGUCAUUUACCUUUACUUAAAGUCAACUUUUCAGACACAAAGUACCGUGCUAUCAUGCAGCUUCCUCGCUUGAUUGAAGCCUCAGGUCUGCUAGGAAGUAAUCGUGAAGAGAUCAUGUUGGAUGAAGCAUAUGUGCAAAUGACCAAAAACAACCAAGUAGACCAGAAAUGGUUUAAUUUGAUGAAUACGCCCUUGCGGAAUAAGACGCAGGAUGAUAUCUUUUUCAAUGAUGAAACAGACACUUCCUCCUCUGCAGGCGAGACAGAAACAACCGAAGCCACCGAAGUAACCCAUUCUGUAAAGAAGAGAGAUAAGGAUGCUAUCAAUAUGGAAGAACGUGUAUUUCAACUUGAUUUUAAGGUGGAUCGUGUGCUUGCAAAUGUCCUUGAAGCUAGACAGUCAAAUGUGUCUGAAGAAACCUUGUUGUGCCAAGUGGAUCUACAGAACUUGAUUUUAGGAUACAGUAUGCGACCCAUGGACAUGACCGUCAGUCUCUCGUUAGAGUCAUUGGAUGUCAAGGACUGUAUGCAACAUGGCAAUGCAUUCAAGUAUCUUGUGACAUCAGAUCAACAAGUCGUCUUGGGCCAAACUGGCCGUGAAGGUACCAAAAACUUGGUCAAUGUUGAAUAUGUGCGUUGCGAUCAAUCAAGCCCUGAAUACUUUACCAAGUAUAAAGGAAUUCAUCAAACAGUACAAGUCACCUUGUCUACAUUGAACUUUAUCGUCACUCAGAGUUCAGUCUUAACUCUACAUCACUUUAUACAACAUACCUUUGUGGAUGAUGAAGCAGCAAGACCCAUCAAGCCAACAAGACCAAGCGAACACAUUCAGCGACAAUCAUCCACCCAUGUCCCAAAGGCACAACUGAAUCCUAGUCAAAAGAAAGAAGACAGCAACAUCUAUGUUCGUCUCUUACUAGAUAGCGUCAACUUUGUACUCAACAAUGAUGGCACGCGUUUGGCUACCGGUGAAUUAUCCUUGGGUGACAUGUCUACUCUCUUGACAGAGGGUCAAGUCAAUGUAGCUGCCAAAUUUGCCAAUUUCACUUUGACAGACAAUAGCAACAACCAAUUACUGACCAUCCAAGGCGAAGAGCUGUUUGAUCUUCGCUACAAUUCCUUUGUCAAUGAUGGCCGUGAAGGCUACCCAGGCUAUGACCAUGCUUUGUAUGUCCGUAUGGGGUCUGCUCAAUUUAAUUUCUUGGAACAACCUGUCCAUCAAUUCCUUGAUUACCUCAGCAAGUUUGCUGAACUAAAGACAGCCUAUGAUCGCGCACGACAAGCUGCUCUUGAGUCUGCUCAACAAUUGAGUGAAGCUGCAACCAAGAUGCAUUUUGAUCUGGUAGUCAAAACACCUGUUGUGUUUUUUCCUGAAUUACAUCAACAUCCUUCUGAUGUUGUCGUAGCUCAUUUAGGCGAGAUUUGGGCUUCAAAUUCAUUUGUGGAUGAAUCAGAUGGUUGUAUCAACACAAUCAAAGCUGGUUUGAGAGCCAUGAACUUGACUUCCAAGUUUUAUUUCGAUAAGCAACUUCAGACAUUACCUAUGGUGGAUGAUAUUGAUCUGACAUUUGACGUAAAGAUUCCUCAAGAAACAAGCAAGUCAAGAUCAGAUAUUGACAUACUUGGGAAUAUCUCCAAUGUCACCAUGCGACUCACUGAACGACAAUACGUGUUUUUAAUGGAAGCCAUCAACAUGUUCUCUCGUGUGUUUACAAGCAGCAACGAACCUGUGGUAGAAGACGAUAGUCGCAAGUCUUCAAUCACAACAGUAUCAAGUCAAGAAAAAAAGAAAGCGAUUGUGUCAGAAGAAGAAAAGAACAACGCACUGCCUCGUAUUCAAAUGGCAAUGGCUGUCAAGACUAUUGGCCUCGAAAUAUACAUGGAUCACAACAAAGAACCUAAACUGAUUCAAGAACCAACGAGUCUAGCCCGUAUUGCGCUCAACAAUACUGACAUGAAGCUCCAUAUGUUUAAAGACGAUUCAAUUGACGUUAACCUUGUUGUGCAUUCUUUGACCGUAGAUGAUACGAGAUCAGGCAUCAAGAGUCAGUUCAAACACAUUGUACCGGUCAUUGAAGACGGACACCAGUUUGAACUUCAAUUGGACCUUAAAGCACCUGAUCCUGUUCGAAGUGGCAUUGUCGUCAUGACAGUCAAGGAUCCCAAGAUCAUUCUUUCACUUGACCAUGCCUUUUUGUUACGUGAUUUCUUCUUGUUGCCUUUCAAUGACAAGGUGUCAGAGCUCUCGGGUGAACAACAACGCCGUGAUUCAGGUACACAGCCAGAACAACAUCAACAACAUCAACAUCAACAGCAACAACAGCAACAAGGCUUGGACUUGUCCUAUCUAUUGAAUAUUGUCAAUGCUGAAUUCAUCUUGCUGGCCAACCCAGACCAAGCCAAUUCAGAAGCUGUCGUACUCUCGACGAAAGAACUCAUGAUUACUCAACAAACAAAGACUGCUCUCGUAGUCAAACAGAUGGGUAUGUUCUUAUGUCGAAUGGAUAUGCGCAAAAAGUCAACAUUACGUUUCAUUCAGCCUUUUGAUGUCAAUUUAUCCAUGAACAGUAACCCCAAGAACGAACAAGGUGGCUUGCUCACUGACCUUGUAAUGAACAUUGAUCCACUUGUUCUUCGUCUUUCAUACAGAGAUGCUAUGCUUGUGACUGACAUCUUCAACAAGGCCUAUGAACUCUACAACGCCAGUAUGCAACAACAAGGCAAUAAAAGCUCAAUGGCUAUGUCUAGUGCUCAAGGCUUAUUAACUCCAGCAAAAGAAUUGGACUUGAAUGACCUUGUAUUAGCUCAAGAAUCCUUGCGUAUUUCAUUCCAAGGUGCACAGAUCAUUUUGAUUGAAGAGUUGCAUGAGACACCCAUGAUUGAUAUGAACCUUAAGCCAUUUAAUGUAGAAGUAGCCAAUUGGUCCAAGAACCUUUCUGCAACUGUAGAGUUCUCUACCUAUAUCAAUUAUUUUAAUAUCAAGAAUUCGCAUUGGGAGCCUUUGCUUGAGCCUUGGAACUUUAGGCUUGAAUUAGCUCGUAAUCUAACCAACAAGAACGAACCUUUGACGGUCAAGUUGAUCUCCAACUCGAUUCUUAAUAUGAAUGUGACACAUACCUUUUUAGAGAGUGCUAUGGCAACUGUACACCUACUUGACAAGCAGAAAAAUACUAUUUACAGCGGUGAAAGAGGCACAGUUGCACCUUAUGAAUUAAGAAACAGAACAGGGUACAACAUCAUGGUCUGGAACACGACAGACUCUAAAGAAGGCCCCGUCAUCAAAGAAAUCAAAAAUGGCGAUAAUUUGCCUUGGUGGUUUGAAGACUGGAAGAAGCGUCGUGAAACUACUUCAUAUCAAAGCAAUAACCUUAAUGUGCAGAUUGACGGUCAAGUAGACGGCGCCAUGUGGGAAAGUCUAAGAAACAUUAAGCUUGAUACUGAAGGAGAACACAUGCAUCCUCUUCGACCGAUGAUAAAGAAUGUCUUGCACCGCAUCGUGUUUGAUGUCAAGUUAGUUGACAAUAUCAAGAUUGUUACUAUUCGUUCAGCCCUUGUGAUUGAGAACAAGACACUUUUAUCUAUAGACUUAGCUUCUGUUGAUCCUCAAGGUAAAAUGGACGGCCCUAUUCAAAAGAUCGCACCUGGUGAAGAUUAUCCUAUUCCUAUUGAAAAAGCGUAUACGAACCGAUUCUGUGUUCGACCUGACGCUGGUUUUGGCUACCAAUGGGCACAAUCUGCUUUCCAUUGGAAAGACUUUGCUACACCGAAUAAGAAACCACCUACAACGAUCAGCUGUCUUUCUGGAGACAGUAAUGGUAACAUGCCACCUUUUGUCUUCCAGAUGCAUGCACGCUUGGAUAAGAAGAGUAUCUUGUUUGGUCAAUAUCCUGCUAUGGCUAUUCGUCUUAGUGCACCAAUUGAAAUUGAAAACCUGCUUCCAUUUGACUUCAACUUUCGUGUUGUGGACAAGACGUCAGGUCAAGAUUUUAGCUCCUAUUUACGCAAAGGUGGAAUUACACCUAUUCAUGUCAUUGAAAAUGGUCAUUUGGUGCUUUUGAAUAUUGAAAUGCCAGAUACAGACUACAAUCGCAGUGAAUAUGCUAUUAUCAGCACAAAGCGCACAGAUGACCUGGAUAUUGAUCGUAAUUUUGAGUUGAUCAAUAAGAAGGACAAGACAAAACUCCAUAUCGGUAUUGAUAUUUUAGAUAUCCCUGAUUCUGGAGGAGCCAAGAAAUAUAGCAUCUUUAGUCCUUACAUUAUCAUCAACAAGACUGGUUUGCCUAUUAGCUUCAAAGAGAAGCCUGCAUGGUCUGAUGCCUUGUAUUCUUCAGGUGAAACUGUUACUAUGUGUAGGCCAGGACCCAAACCUGAGCCCUUCAUGUACUCUUAUCCUCAUGCUGAUAAUCGCAACAGAACCUUGAUACAAGUAGACAAAUCGGACUGGAGUCAACCGCUAAGUUUUGAAGCUAUCGGUAGUGUGUAUGACGUUGCUCUUCCCAACCAAGGUCGCUCUGAAGAAAUCCAUGUGGGCAUCACAGUACAAGAAGGACAAGGCAAAUUAAAGCUGACAAAGACAAUUACAAUCACGCCUCGUUUUGUGUUGAGCAAUCAAUUAGAAGAGAACAUUCGUUAUCGCAUCCCAGAAACAAAAAAUGAUUACAUUCUAGAAGCCAAAGAACGCAUUCCUCUCUAUAACAUUCGUGUACAGAACGAGAAGCAAUUGACGAUCAAACUUGAGGGAUACAGUAAUUCAUGGUCUGCACCAUUCAACAUUCAAGAUAUUGGUGAUAUCCAUAUUCGACUGGCCAAUGAUUAUGGCAAACAAGACACAUUGAUUCGUGUUUCCACUGUCAUUCAAGAUGCAACUAUCUUUAUUGUGCUCACCAAAGAAGCAGACGAUAACUGGCCUUAUCUUUUGGUCAACAAGACAGAUGAAGACAUGACUUUCCAUCAAGAAGAUCCUGUAGUUCUAAGAGACGAUUAUAGUUCUGUUCCAGUGAGAAAUCCUCGGAUCAAACGCUAUCGUCUGCCUGCUCAUCAACAUGUUCCUUACUCUUGGGACUUGCCUGCUUACAAAGAUAAAAAGAUUAUUCUUACGAUCAAUGGUCGUGAACGCAGUAUUAAUCUACAAGAAAUUGGUACCAUGCUACCCUUCCGUCAUACUACACGUGAAGGCAAGCCUGUAAUCACUUCUAUUGAUGUCAAGAUUCGUGGCUCACAUCGUGUGCUUGAAUUGAAACCAUUCAGUCAAAGCGAAAGUCUAUUUAAGCCUGUAUCUGGUCCUCUUGCUCGCGUUGAUUCUUCAGCAUCUUUGUCUUCUGUUGAUUCUGCAAGUAAAGAAGGAUUUGAGGCAGCCGAUAUGGACAUGACAGUGAACGCAGUCUUCCAAAUACAAAUCAAAGAAAUGGGCGUUUCACUUAUCGACAGACGGUUACAAGAAGUAGCCUAUGUUACAUUUAAGGGCAUUGAUUUGAAACUAACAGAUUCGACUAUGUAUCAUUCUUUGCGUUGGAACAUUGACUGGGUUCAAAUCGAUAACCAAAUGUAUGGCUCUAUAUUCCCUAUUCUCUUAUAUCCUACCAACUUGACAGACAAUGGAGACCGUAAUCGUAAAGACAAAAAGAUCUUGCCUACUGUGCAAAUGGCUCUUGAUCGUGUUAAGGACGACUCUCAUGGUGUUGUGUACUUUAAAUACUUUUCUAUUUUGAUGCAAGAAAUGAGCAUCGAGGUGGAUGAAUCGUUUAUAUAUGCUAUCAUGGAAUUUGCUCAUUUGAACAGUGAUGCUCCUGCUGAAGAAUCCAGCCAUGAUGCCAGAGUGUGGGAAUACACAACAGACAUUCCAGAUGUGAAAGCACAAGACAAUAUUGCUCAAAUUUAUUUCGAAGUAUUCAGUAUCCAACCCAUUCGAUUCAACCUAUCCUUUUUGCGCUCUGAUCAAGACGAUAAUUCCAUAAGACCCCAACAAUCGAAUAAUCCUUUAAUGUAUAUUGUGAAUGCAAUGACCAUGGCUAUUGGCAACAUCAAUCAAGCACCUCUGAAAUUCAAUGCACUUGCCAUUGAAAAUAUCAUGGCAAGUGGGCCUGAUUUGGCUAAUCGUAUCACAAUACAUUACAGUGAUCAAUUUAUAUACCAAGUGCAUCGUAUCCUUGGUUCGGCUGACUUCUUGGGUAAUCCUGUUGGUUUGUUUAACAACUUGAGUUCAGGUGUUGCCGAGUUGUUCUAUGAACCAUGGCAAGGUUUGAUUAUGAGUGAUCGUCCUCAAGAUUUGGGCAUUGGUAUUGCCAAGGGUUUUAGUGGAUUUGUUAAAAAGAGUGUCUUUGGUGUCUCUGAUAGUUUUACGAAAUUCACUGGAAGUAUUGGUAAAGGUUUAUCUGCAGCCACAAUGGAUAGAGAAUAUCAAGAUCGUAGACGAAUGAACAUGGCUAGAAAUAGACCUAAACAUGCUUUGGUUGGUGUUGCUCAAGGUGCUACGUCUUUUGCUAAUAGCGUUGCAAGUGGUUUCUCUGGUUUAGUUACUCGCCCUAUGGAAGGAGCCACCAAGGAUGGCGUUGGAGGAUUUAUCAAGGGCUUUGGAAAGGGCCUUGUUGGAGUCGUGACCAAACCUGCUGUAGGCGUGUUUGAUUUUACCAGUAAUGUCACUGAAGGAAUCCGUAAUACAGCUACGCCUGCCGAUACUAACAUGAUUGAACGUGUGCGCUAUCCUCGUUACAUUGGACCCGAUGGCUUAUUAAAACCUUAUUCUUUACGCGAAGCUAUUGGCCAGCACUGGCUAAAGGAUGUUGAUGGUGGCAAAUACAUCAACGAUGCUUAUAUUGCUCACUGUCACGUACAAAAUGAUGAACGUGUUGCCAUGCUCACAUCAAACAGACUGAUGCUUAUCCGAACUCGAAAACUGACAGUGGAAUGGCAAGAACCUUUUACGGAAAUCCAGACAAUCAAGCGCGAACCUACUGGUAUAGCUAUCUACUUGCGAAACAUGAGUUGGGAGCCUUUCUUGAUUAUUUCCGACAAACAUAGUAGAGAGGAGUUCUUUAGAAAGAUCGAAGACGCUGUUAUUAAAUAUAACAUGACACGCCGAUCUGAUCAGUGAACAAGACGUUCUUUAUUAAAUAAAUCGAUUAGGCAUGAGUGCAAUGACUAUUACUCUUGUUCUUCAUAAACAUACACCGUGCAGAACGACUUGUUGAUCAGGAUUUAAAGAGAGCUUAUCAAUACUGAUUACUUUAGCAAUUGAC